AGACCCCCGCUGCCAAGAGAUCUCAGCUCGGAUCUCAGAGAUCCCACUGCUGGAAGGGCCGGACUGGCACAGACCCACCAGCUUUAUUUUUGGCAUCCCAGAUUCUCCAGCCGUACAGCCGGGCCACUGACCACAAGGGACUGCUGGGGCCAAGGGGAGACCUCGAUGCGUGAUGCUCUCCUAGCAGCCGUGGUGGAGGGACAAGGACUUCAGCUUCAGACACCCAGCUGUGACUCUCCUGUGCCUGUAGCUGAUAACAGCCAUGUCAGCCCAAAAGGACAGAUGGGUUUCUUCCUUCUCUUUCCUGCUCUUCUGUGCUUCCUCCGUCCCAAUGCGGGCAAGUGCGAGGCUGCUGCAGGAGCUGAGCCCCCAGGAGUAUUUCGGUAGCCUGCAAGCCGGCAGAGCAUCCCUGACUUACUUCAGCCACGACGUAUUUUUUCCUGGUGCCCAGCCCUUCUUGGAGCAGAUUGAGAACUCGGCCGAGGCCCUCCAGGACUAUGGCAUUUCGGUGGUGAAGGUUAAUUGUCCCAAAGAGGAUGUCUCAAGAUACUGUGGAAAAGAAAAUGCAUUAAGGAAAGCCUACCUGUUCAGAGGUAACAUGCUGAUCAGAGAGUUCCCCACCGAUGCCUUGUUUGACGUGAACUCCAUUGUUGCUAACGUUUUGUUUGCCCUGCUCUUUAAUGAAGUUAAAUACGUUGAAACACUGGCAGAUCUUCAGAACAUUGAAAAUGCGUUGAAGGGGAGGUCGAACAUGGUCUUCGCCUAUGUACCAGCUACUGGGACAGCAGAGCACAGAGCCGUGAUGGAGGCGGCUUUUGUCUAUGGGACUGUCCACCAGUUUGUUCUGACAACUGAGGCAACGCUGUUGAAAGAUACUGGCGAUGAUGAGCCUGAUGUGUCGUCUGCCCGGCUGUUGUUCUGCCACUGCCAGCGGGCCACGGACCUGGCACAGCCCUGCAGGAGGACAGCCAUGGGGCAGGCUCUGACGCUGCUCAACAUCCACAGGCACCUCAAGCUCAUGGGGGCUCCGCUGGUGACAGAGGUCGCUGAGGACCCCGAGAAGGUUUCCACCGUUCACUUACAGCUUGGGCUACCACUUGUGUUCAUCCUCAGCCAGAAAGAGACCUAUGAGGCUGACAGGAGGACAGCAGAGUUUGUGGCCUGGCAGCUCUUGGGGAAAGCAGGAGUUGCCCUUUUGUCCAGGGACCUCGUAGAUUUGAACAUUCUGCUCCGGUCAAACGUCGCUCUCAAGACACCAGAUGAGGGAGUGCCAAUCAAAUACCUGGUCUUGGAAGACACUGAUGAAGUUAUAACCUUGGUGGAAGAUAAGAACAAGGUCGAACAAAUCCAGGAGGAGGAAGAGGAGGAGGAGGAGGAAGAUGAGGAUGAAAAAGAGAAUAACAAUCAAGACAUUCAGGAUGAUCAAGUGGUGGAAGCAGUUUCCAGGGACAAGAAGCGAGAGCUGCCCCUGGAGCAGAUCCUUGCCCUGACAGAGGAGACCUUCCACUCUGCCCUCUUGGAGGCUGCCCGGACGGUGGUGCUGUUUUAUGCCAGCUGGGAGGCAGUGUCCCUGGCAGUACUGCGGUCUUACACCGAGGUGGCCGAUCGUCUGAAAGGAACUCAGGGGGUUUUGCUCUCUCGGGUAAACUGCUGGGACUGGCCUGGCAUUUGCACAAAGGAGAAUGUCACUCAGUUUCCUACCAUCAAGAUUUACGAGAGGGGAGAGCGAUCAGUGAUGUACAAUGGCAUGUGGGGAACCGAAGAACUGACCCGCUUCAUCGUGCUGAGCCAAGUUUCCUGCCCUCUGAAGCUGGCCACGAUUGAAGAAGCAGAAGGGUAUUUAAGAGGAGAGUUUCCAUCUGAGCUGUCAUCCUAUCACCACACUUCGCUUCUAGGAGUAUUUAGCACAGCCACGAGUGAAGCCAGGGAAGCUUUCGAAGAGGCAGGAAACAUCUUAAGUGGCCAUGUAACGAUGGGGAUGUAUUUCGAAGAUGAUGCCUUGGCUUUAUCCCGUAAAUACAUGGUGUCUCCCCCAGCCCUCCUCCUUGCCAGGAGCGGAGGUCGGAGCGUGGAAGGCAUCGCUUUGUCCAAACAGAGCACGCAGGACAUGGUGCGGAUGAUUAGAUAUGAAUUGCUGGACAUUUUUCCAGAAAUCACCGUGCAAAAUCUGCCCCGCUACUUGCAACUCAGAAAGCCCUUCCUCAUCUUGUUCAGCGAUGGUGACAUCGGUCAAAUGGAAAGCAAGGAAAUGCUGAAGCUGGCAAAAGGAAGAGCCCAGCAAGUGUUUGUGGCUUGCUGGUUGAACUUGAAGAAGACUCCAGUGGGAGGCGGGGUCCUGAAGGCAUACUUUGCCACCGUGCCUUCGCUGCCUGUUCUCAUCUGGGUGAACCUUCAUGCCGGGGGUCAGGUAUUCAAGUUCCCAUCAGAGCAGUCCAUCACUGAAAUGAACAUCUUGUCUUGGCUGGAGAAGCUAACAGCAGGACUGGAGAUUCCCAGCAGUACCUUGUCUGAGGAAGACUGGAAACCGCCUCUCCCUGCUUACGACUUCCUUCAGAUGAUGGAGACCGCCGUGCCCGAGCUUCCCCUCCGCACCUCCCACCUCCGUGGGGACACGCCGGCACGGCACCAGCCCAAAAGCCCAGGAGGGGACACCACCGUCCGGGAGGAGCCGUCCCAGGAGACCAAGGCAGAGAAAGUCGGAUCCCCUGGGAGAGACCUGCGGGGGACAGCCCCGAGGCUGGCAGCAAGGGAGAAGCAGGGCAAGAGACACAGCGAGCUCUGAGAACUGGGCAUCCCCCUUGCCCGGGGCAGUGAAAGAUGUGGGACGGUGCCCAGAAAACCCUCUCACGUUCCCAGCCCUCCGUGAGCCUUUACACCAAGGAGAGAAGUGCUUUUACCUGUAAAUUAAUGGUGAAGGGAUAAAACAGCCCCUAAGUCUCAGUGUGAGUUCCCUGCUGCAGUGUGCUGGUCAUCCCGGCUGCUGUGGGGAUUGCAUUUCACAGCAAGCUGUGAGAGCAGAUCUGCAGGGAGGUUGCUGCGAGGGAGCUCAGCCCACCCCAUAGCUGGGGGAGAGAUGGGGUGAGCUCACCACGUGCUGGAGGCUCGCCCACGCAACGGACUACGCUGGAAAAGUCGAAUCAGCGCAGCCCUGCUCUAUAGUUUCUGUAUGUCUCACAUAGGCGCUUCGGUUGCCCCCGAGCAGGAAGGGGUGAGUGAUUCCAGGAUAGAAAGCACAUUUCUCUCCUUCUGGUUGCAGCAGCGGCUCUACUGAUGGGUGUCAGCAAGCCCUGCUCUCAAAAAGUGAUUACAUCUGCGCUGUAACCAUGUGGAGCUGAGUGGGCAAGCAUGCCACCCACUCCGGGGCUGCUUAAACUGGCACCCGCUUGUGUUUACACCUGACUUGUGAACCGAAUUUGUGAGCAUGUUCAUCCUCGGGGGUGAGAGGAGUAUCUGGUUAAAGCAGUUUUAUUACGAAGGCCAGAGCUCAGGUCAUCACAACAGCCGUGAAUAGCCAGGACAAAAAUUUGCCAGCAAAUCCCAAGGGCAGGGAGGUUGGAAGAUGGCUUUGCUUGGUGCUGGCAUUUUCUUGGUUACAGGCCCAGGGGGUUAUUUGCAGCCUCGAUUUUUCUUUGCUCUCAGUGACAGCAGCAAGGUCAGCCUCCUGAGCUGGGGACGGUGCGGGGAGUGAGGUCUGCAGAAAGCCCAGCGCUUUGCAAACGAGGGGAGGGAGACGAAGGGCAAGGCUGGCAGUGCCGGGGACAGACCCUUCCGAGGUGGGAUGGAGCUGCUUCACAUCCAUCGGGGACAGGGAGAUGCGGGACCUGGGGAAGUGGCUUUCCAGCCUCUGCCCGUCUCCUGGGGACAGCAAAAGGUCUGUCGUUCCUUGCUGGAGGACCUGAGUCUGCAGGCCAGCGUGGGAUGUGGGCUGGGGAGAGCCGUGUGUUUGGAGGGAACGCUUUGUCUAAUCCCACCCAUGCCAUGACAUCUUCCCAUCCCCUUCAAUAAACAUCUGCUCCCUUCCACAGCACCGCUGAGAUGUGCUGGGAGGGUCGGAUCCUCCCCCUUCUGGCUCUGAAGUUACUGGGGAGGGGAAGAAUUGAUGGUAAAGAACUGCUGAGAGCAUUGUAAAGUCUAUAUUUCUCAUCGUGCAAGCAGCCCACAUGGUUGGGAGUAUUUUGAAACGCCCAGAAAUAGACCAUUAGUCCUGGGCUCUCCUUGAAGCCCUUAAUUGAAACAGACCGUUUUUGGACUUAAUGACAGGCUUAGAGCCAAAAUGUAGGUAUUUAAAGUAAUAAACUGUCGCAUGCAGAUCAGAGCCUGCCAUGCAGCUGAGUAUUCCCAAGGGAAGGAGUAGGUCAGGGCGCGAAUAGAUCCUCCGUGAUUUCCCGUCAUUCCUCUUCUGUAUAAGGUCCUUACACUGCUGGGCUCUACGAGCUGUACGUCGGUCGUUUCCCAUCCUGUCCCUAAUGACGCCACUGCUGCCCUUACAGCAUCGCUCCCCCGCUUGGUGCAGGUGAAGUGCGAUAUUUGGGCUUGUCAUUGAUGUCUUAAAGAAAUUCUGUCUCAAGUACAGUCAAUCUGCAUCUGUCUUGGACGCA